UAUUUUUUUUCUCUCUUUGAUUCCUCCAUCCCCUUUUAUCAUAGUUUAGUUUCUUGAUCAUAUUCCAAUAAAUAUAACAUGUCAACUUUAAUUCAACAUCGUUCUUCUCCUACAACCUUGGGUUUUUCUCUAGGGUUCCUUGGAAUCCUUGGAUUGGCUUUGGCUCUGUUAUCAUUACUUCCUAUCAAUAUCUACAACGUGUACUUAGCUACCAGUACUAUUUUAGCUCUGAUCAAGAUGGAAUAUCAACGUACUCAUCAAUGGUGGACCUUUUCUUCUGUUGCAAUGUACUAUCUUAUCUUUUUGGUGGGUUCGGUUAUCUCGUCUUUGAUCACAACUGGUUUCGUGAUAGCAACUUGUUUGACUAAGAAACGUACUCUGCAAUCUCUCGAUAUUGAAUCAAACUGUGUUAGUCAGCAACGUUCUAGUAUUUGGUUAAGUCGGUUUGCUUGUGUGGUAUUCAUUGGUCAGAUCAGUUGGGCAUUAUUCGGCAAUCAUCUCUUAUGGUUUGUUAACAUGGAUGUUACAUUGAUUCGCGAAUCUACAACAUUAUCAGUAUGGAUUCUGUGGCUCAACUACAUUAUUCUGAUCUUGUUCUCUUUUAUCUUGUUGUGUGCAUCAUUUUUCAUUAUUCUUGGUACCUCCAAAAUCAUCAGCACCACCAAUAACAACAGCGGCAAUACCGGUAACAACAGUAAUAGCAAAACCAGCGUGGACGAAAUGCAACAACAAGAAACCACUCCUUUACUCAACAAAUCUUCUUGCCACAAUUGAAACUUCCCUCCCUGUUUUUUUUUUUUGUCCCGUCUCCAAAUAUACUCUCACACCCAUCCUCUUUGAUUUGCAUAUUAUCGUAUACAUAUCAUUCUCUAUUUAUAUAUACUUCCUUAUAUUUUACUUAGUCCACCAUGUAACAUUUAUUCCUUUUUAUCUAUUAUUAUUAUUAUUAUUAUU